AUGUUGCGAUGGUAUCAAGCAAAGUUGGCUGCUCGCCCAUUGCUUACACAGAGCGUCGGUAGUGCGGUGCUCUUUGGGACAGGAGAUGUCCUAGCUCAGCAGCUCGUUGAUAGAGUCGGGAUCGAGAAGCAUGACUUUGCCAGAACCGGUAGAAUGGUUCUUUACGGAGGAGCAAUCUUCGGACCAGGUGCAACGACUUGGUACAAGUUCAUGCAACGAAACAUAGUUUUCAAGAACCCCAAGCUUACAUUAGUUGCUAGAGUGUGUGCGGAUCAGACCCUGUUCACUCCUACGCAUCUAACCUGCUUCCUAUCCUCCAUGGCGAUCCUCGAAGGAAAUGACCCAUUGGAGAGACUGCGAACCACUUUUGGCACUGCCUACAAGACCAACCUCAUGCUCUGGCCGUGGGUGCAGGCAGCCAACUUCACAUUCGUGCCUUUGGAGCACCGAGUUCUGGUUGUCAACCUUGUCAGCCUUGGCUGGAACUGCAUCCUCAGUCUCAUAAACAGUAAGGGUGAAAAGGAUAGUACCUAA